AUGCAAUUCCUUCGUCUCUUCCUCGCCGCUGGCUUCGCUACCUUGGUUGCCAGCGAUUGCUCUGUGGUUCAACCAGGAGACCGUGACCCAGUCGCGACAACGCCCGCGAGCGGCCCUCAGCCAAGCCUGUAUGGCAACUGCGACCCGAAUGCCCCUGAGCCCUGCUGCACCGCUGGUCUCCCCUCGGACCGUCACAUCGAGUGCAAGGCCAUGGGCGAUCAGUACUACUGCCAGAUUGAGGGUAACUGA